GCAUUUGAGGCUUCGCAAGUCAACUCUUUCAUUGCACCGCGUACUUUCGUAUUGUCGUUUCCUACCGACGGGAUGCGACUUUUGGAGCUCAUCACAGGUCUGGCCGCCUUCGCGGGCGUGCAGGGCGCAAGCGUCGGCACAGAUCACCAGAUCAUCAAACGAGCGUCACUCACGCAGGUCCAGAAUUUUGGCAACAACCCGUCCGGUAUCAAGAUGUUCAUCUACGUCCCCCAAAAGCUACAAGCGAAGCCACCCGUUGUAUUGGUCCUACAUGCGUGUGCAUGGACAGCAGGAAACUUCUUCGCAACGACGAAAUACGGACAGCUCGCCGACCAACACGGAUAUGUGCUGAUCUACGGUCAAACACCUACGGAUGGCGCAUGUUGGGACGUAUCUUCCACACAGACUUUGACGCAUGAUGGAGGUAGCGACAGCACGGGUUUGGCGAAUAUGGUCCGUUACGCGCUGCAAAAGUACAAUGGCGAUGCCAGCAAGGUUUACGUUACUGGAGAGUCUUCAGGAGCAAUGAUGACGCAAGUAAUGUCCGCAGUCUAUCCGGAUAUGUUCGCUGCAGCGUCCGAGUUCAGCGGCGAGCCCGCGGGCUGCUUCUACACUGGCACAGUCCGAGGCUGGAACAGUCAGUGUGCUGGCGGACAGCUGCACAAGACACCUGCCGAGUGGGCGAAGCAAGUGCAUGCUAUGUACCCUAGCUACACCGGCCAGUAUCCGCGGAUGCAGAUCUACCACGGCGACGUGGACACAACUCUCAACAUUGCCAGCUUCAAUGAAUCGAUUAAGGAGUGGUCUGGAAUUUUUGGUUACUCUGGAAAUCCCACGAAGACGCAAGCUAACAACCCUGGCGCAAAACUUACGAGAUACACCUAUGGAGAUCGGUUGCAGGGAAUUUGGGGCCACGGAAUCGGACACGUCGUACCCACGAAUGAGACGGAGGCAUUGAAGUGGUUUGGAAUUACCAGUUAA